AUGGAAAAGGGCAACAGCUUCUCCGGCUAUCAAUGGAGUUAUUUCUCCUCCCUCGAACCAGGACCAGUUCGUUCCCGAGCGGAGUCCUUCUUGUCCUCGGUGGAUUGGCAGGCUUUGACAGCCUACGCAGCUUCCAAACGCCAGGGUACUCUUUGCUCCCUUCUUCCUGACAUCGGCCUUGGUUACAACCACAUGGUCAGGAUUUUGGAGUUUACAGAUGGAGUCAAAUGGGUUGCACGACUACGACUGCCCGCCUUGGCCGAAUCGAGCACUUCCGAGGAAGUUCUAGAGGCCAAGAGCAAUUCUGAGUUUCGCACAAUGUCUCUUCUGCAGCAGCGAUCAGAUCUCCCCGUACCCAGAGUUCACGCAUACGAGGCUCGAAGCGACUGUAACGUCAAGGCCUCAUUCAUGUUAAUGGAUUGUUUGGAGGGUAACGUUGGCAUGGACCUGGGGUUGGAGAUUCCUCCCAAGUUCAAGCAACCCUUUUUGGAUGGCCUUGCCAAUAUUCAUGUCAAGCUUUCUACCAUCCUUCUACCCCAGAUUGGUACCAUUGUCUCCGUCAAUACCGAUGGUUCAUGUGUUCAGGGCCCAAUCCCUGGGCUGGGUGGCCCAUAUGAUACCGCGACCGAGUUCUUCCAAGCCUGGGCCGAAACGGCCAGAUUUGGGAUGACAGAUGAGAAGCUCAGACGGACAUUAGGCCCAUACGCCGAUGAAAUCAUUCCCUCUGUUUCGGCAUUCCCGGGCAAGAUUGGUCAACUAGCCCCUAAAAUUUCCGUUCAGGACCAUGGCCCAUUUCCACUCUGUCACGGCGAUUUUGGUCACAACAAUAUCAUUGUAAAUGAUGCAUACCAAAUUCUUGGCGUCAUAGACUGGGAGACUUCCUUUGCCGCACCAUGGGAGUUCUUCGCCGAUUUCCCUCUUACCCUGUCGGUCGUCCCGCCAGCUAUGGAUGCCCCGUGGAACUACAAUGAUGAUGGUUCUCCCAAAGACGUAGCGCUGGCUCAAAAGUUCGCAGAUCAGGAGGCCUAUGUACAAGCCGUGAUUCGAGAGGAGAACAAGAAUGGAGGCGAAAACCAUCGUCUGUCAGAGACGUUGAAGCAUACGAGCAGACAGCAUCUGGCAACAGGAAUGAGACUCUACCAGGACGGUAAGGCUGGGUGGUACGGUAAAUUAUUUGAUCAGUUUAACUGA